CUCUCGCCCGCCGUGCAGUCCCUCUCGGGCCGCAUCCUGCUCUCGAUGCUCCUCUCCCUCCCGCAGAUCCCCAAGGGGCUGCUGUCGCCGGACCUGCGGAUGCACGAACGGCUCCUCGCGAAGGUGCAGAGCCUCUGCGUCGAGCUGGGCGUCGGCACGACGAGCACAAUGAGCAAGAGCCUCGGGCUUGUCGUGAAGGGCUUGUCU